AUGGCAGCAGUAACUGAAACUUUGACAUUAAAAAAUGAUGUAGAUCGUGCAAUAGAAUUAUUGGAUAAACUUCAAAAAAGUGGUGAAGUGCCAAGUACAAAAUUAGCAGCUUUACAAAAAGUACUGCAGAGUGAUUUUCUAAAUGCUGUAAGAGAAGUUUACGAACAUGUUUAUGAAACUGUUGAUAUACAGGGGUCCCAAGAUGUAAGAGCAUCAGCUACUGCAAAAGCAACAGUAGCCGCAUUUGCAGCAAGUGAAGGACAUGCUCAUCCACGAGUUGUAGAACUUCCAAAAACUGAGGAAGGUCUUGGAUUCAAUGUGAUGGGUGGUAAAGAACAAAAUUCACCUAUUUAUAUAUCAAGAAUUAUUCCUGGAGGUGUUGCUGAUAGACACGGUGGAUUAAAACGUGGUGAUCAAUUACUCUCUGUCAAUGGAGUUUGUGUUGAAGGUGAAAACCAUGAAAGAGCAGUUGAAUUACUGAAACAAGCUCAAAGUUCAGUUAAACUAGUAGUUCGUUACACACCACGAGUUUUAGAAGAAAUGGAAUUGAGAUUUGAUAAACAACGAGCUGCUCGUAGUAGGCGUCAAAAUGUGCAAUAA